UUUCAAGGGGGGAAAGCAUGAGGCUUACGGCCCAAUUUGGGGAUGAACCAAGUGUUUAGUGAUUAGUGACAAAGGCAAUCUGUGUCGUACUAAUAAAGAAGAGUAAAAAUCCCUAAUCUGAAGGUUAUUUGUCGUUUGUAAUUUGAUCGCGAGUAAUUUACUAAUUUAUCCUCCAACGACCUCAGCAGCCGCGGUUUCUCCAAGACUUGGAAGUCAGUUGCGGUUGCUGACCCCCCGCCAUUUUUUUCCCCUCCUAAACUUCAAUCUCUUUCCCGAAAAUACCCCUAAGCUCUCCACCAUUUUCCUAUUUAAAAUCCUUUCUUCAACCGCACGAGUUUCCUCUUCGGCAGGCAGAAUUCUAAUUCAAUUUCUCAUUUUCCUAGGGUUUCCCCACCCAUUUUCGUCUAUUGAAAAGAAUUCAAAAAUGCCGGUGAACCUGACGCAGAAUGCCGUCUCGGCUAUAACCGCCGGCGACGUGAACUCGAAGCCGCUUGUACAGGUUCUGGAUAUUAAGCUCAUUGGCUCCACUCAGGAACGGUACCGCCUUUUGAUCUCCGAUUCGGUUCUGACUCAGCACGCGAUGCUCGCCACUCAGCUCAACGACUUGGUCAAGUCAGGCCGCAUCCGCAAGGGUACCGUCGUUCAGUUGAUUGACUAUAUCUGCAGCACCGUCCAGAAUCGCAAGAUAAUAGUUAUCCUAAAUAUGGAAACUAUAAUUCCGGAUUGUGACAUAAUUGGGAACCCAAAAAUGAUUGGCGACUUGGAUACAGGGGUUCAAAGAUCAGUGCCUGAUAGGAAUAACGGGUCUGCUACAUUGACUAACAAUAACAAUUUGGGUACUCAAAACUCUGGGCGUUCAAACUUCUCAAACAGCAAUAAUUUGAUCUCUCGUAAUUCAGGGAGCAAUAAUGUACAGAGUUUCAGGCCAACAGUUCAACCCGCAUACCUACCUCCUCCAAUUUACAAAAACCAUGGUGCUAUCGUAAAAAAUGAAGCCCCAGCACGCAUUGUUCCAAUUGCAGCAUUGAAUCCUUAUCAGGGUCGUUGGGCUGUUAAGGCAAGAGUGACUGCAAAAGGAGAUCUUCGUCGCUACAACAAUGCCAGGGGAGACGGAAAGGUCUUUUCUUUUGAUCUUCUUGAUUCUGAUGGAGGGGAAAUACGAGUUACCUGUUUCAAUGCCGUUGUUGACCGAUUUUAUGAUAUUAUUGAAGUUGGGAAAGUUUACAUGAUAUCAAAAGGUAGCUUAAAACCAGCUCAAAAGAACUUCAACCAUUUGAAGAAUGAAUGGGAAAUAUUUUUGGACACGAGUUCAACUGUAGAUCUUUGCCCAGAUGAAGAUGCUUCAAUACCACAACAGCAGUUCUCAUUCAGGCCUAUUAGUGAUAUUGAAAAUGUUGAGAAUAAUUCCAUAUUGGAUGUUAUUGGUAUAGUAAUUAGUGUUAAUCCUUCUGUUCCUAUCUUGAGAAAGAAUGGAAUGGAAACACAGAGGAGAAUCCUGAAUUUAAAGGAUAGGUCUGGAAGGAGUGUUGAGUUAACUCUCUGGGGAGACUUCUGCAACCGGGAAGGCCAAAAGCUACGGGAAAUGGUAGAAGCUGGGCAUUUCCCUGUUUUAGCUGUCAAAGCUGGAAAAGUUAAUGACUUCACUGGGAAAUCAGUGGGGACUAUUUCUUCCACUCAGCUGUUCAUAGACCCUGAUUUUUCAGAGGCUCACGUCUUAAGGGACUGGUUUGAUGGAGGAGGAAAAGAUGUUGCUUCCCAGUCCAUAUCUAGGGAAAUUAUGCCUGGAGGAUUGAAGAAUGAAAUACGUAAAACUGUGUCUCAGAUCAGAGAUGAAGGCCUUGGAAGAUCAGAUAAACCAGAUUGGAUCACUGUCAAGGCCACAAUAUCUUUCAUAAAGACUGACACUUUUUGCUAUACAGCUUGUCCACUAAUGAUUGGGGAAAGACAGUGCAAUAAGAAAGUAGCGAGGUCGGGAAACUCUAGAUGGCUAUGUGACAGAUGCAAUCAAGAAUUUGAGGAAUGUGAUUACAGAUAUCUUCUUCAAACCCAAAUUCAGGAUCAUACGGGGCUGACAUGGGUGACUGCUUUCCAGGAAUCUGGUGAGGAGAUAUUGGGUUGUUCAGCAAAGGAUUUGUACUUGUUAAAGUAUGAAGAAGAAAAUGAGUUGAGAUUCGCUGAGAUGAUUAAGAGCUGUCUGUUUACACAAUUUAUGUUCAGGCUAAAAAUCAAAGAGGAAUUAUAUGGUGAUGAACAGAGAGUGAAAAUUACAGUUGUCAAGGCUGAGAAGGUGAAUAGCUCUACAGAAUGCAGAUAUCUACUUGAACAAAUUUCUAAAUUUUCUUUCCGUUGACUACAUAGGAAGACAGAAUAACUCAAGGAACAAGGUGUUCCCAUUGCCAUAGUUCUAGUUCUUUGUAUAUUGGAGAUACAAAUUUAAUUAGAGAUUUCCAUUGGUUUCUCGCCAUAUUCACGCUGAGAAAAAGUGUCUUAGAUUGAUUACUGACGUUUGAGUUGGGCUCCACGAUUACCAACUCAUUUAUUAGUGUGAUUUAUCAUCUUAUAGAUAUCUUCGUCAUCC